AUGAGUGAAUCAACAAUGGCUGCGAGCACGAACGCCACAGAUGGACAGUACUUGAGGCUGAUUGAACUACUUGCAGACUACGAUUCCACCUUAGAGCAACUCCAAAAGGGUUUUCAGGAUGGGCAUAUCCAUUUAAGCAGGUCAAACUACUAUAAUAAAGAUUCUUUACGAGGGAAUUAUGGUAAAGACUAUUGGGAUAAAACGUAUGCGGGCCAACUGAUGGCAACAGUAGAAGACUCCAACUCGAAAUCAGUGAUAGACAUUGUUAAAAGAAAAGUUCAAGAAAAUGAAGAGACGAAAAAAGAAGAAGAUAGUACAUUGGUCCAAAGAAAGAAAGGCGCGAAAUCAGAGGAGCAAAAACCCAAAGAUCCCAAACUUAAACAGGAUUACGACCCAAUUUUAAUGUUUGGCGGAGUGCUAUCAGUACCUUCUUCACUAAGGCAAUCGCAGACAAGCUUCAGAGGUUGCAUCCCUCUGAUGGUCCAAUUAGUUAAUUACAGAAACGAGAUAUUAACGCUAGUUAAGACAUUGUCUGAGCAGAAAUAA